AACAAAACCCAGAAAGUCCGUUCAUAAACCCUACUUUCCUCUUCCUCCUCCACCUCCCUCCUCUUCAGUCGAAUCGAAUAUCUGAGUAAUACAAUGUCUCCGAGUUAAAACGAUGAGGCUCAUUCUAUUCACUUUGCACUUCCUCCUCAAAAUGCUCUGCUCUCUUCGCAACUUCAUCCACGUUAAUCGCAGAUUCCCUCGCCAUGUAAGGCCUUGUUUCCCUCUCUCUUCUCCCUCACAACAGUCCUCUUCUAUCUCCUGCCCUUUCGUCUGGUUCACGAGCUUUCUCUGCGUCAUUCGAUACCCCUUCGUCACCAAAACACAUCCCCUAGAUUCCAACAGAGACUGGAUCCGUAACGUCGUCAAGAACGAUCUAUGGGAAGAUCCCCAAAUCAACAACCUUUUCGAUCCAGUCCAUGUCCCAAGGCUCCUCCUUGAUUUGAGAGAAGACCCUAGAUUAGCCCUCAAGUUCUUCAAAUGGUCAACGAAGUUUAACCACUCCGUUGAAUCAUACUCUAUCGUAGCGCACAUUCUCUUUUGUUCUAGAAUGUAUCACGACGCUAAUAGCAUCCUUAGAGAGAUGGUUACGUUACAUAGCUGCGACGUUUUCGACGCUCUUUGGUCUACGAGGAACGUCUGCGUUCCUGGUUUCGGAGUCUUCGAUGCUCUCUUCAGCGUUUUGAUUGAUCUCGACAUGGUCGAUGAGGCUUUGCAGUGUUUCUCCAAGAUGAAGAGGUUUAGGGUCUUCCCAAAGACGCGUUCUUGCAACGGUUUGCUUCAGAGGUUUGCCAAGUUAGGGAAGAGAGAUGGGAUGAAGAGUUUUUUUAAGGACAUGAUUGGCGCUGGCUCGAAGCCGAGUGUGUUUACUUACAAUAUAAUGAUUGAUUGUAUGUUUAAAGAAGGAGAUGUCGAAGCUGCGAGAGGCUUGUUUGAGGAAAUGAAGUUUAGAGGUUUGGUUCCUGAUACUGUUACGUAUAACUCUAUGAUUGAUGGGUAUGGGAAGGUUGGUUUGUUAGAUGAUGCGGUUUGCGUUUUUGAGGAGAUGAAGAGUAUGAGCUGUGAGGCUGAUGUUAUAACGUUUAACUCGCUGAUUAAUUGUUUCUGUAAAACUGGAGUGUUGCCUAAGGGGUUGGGGUUCUACAGGGAGAUGAAGCGGAGUGGGGUUAAACCGAAUGUUGUUACUUACAGUACUUUGGUUGAUGGGUUUUGUAAGGAGGGUAUGAUGCUACAAGCCGUUAAGUUUUAUGUUGACAUGAGAAGGGUUGGUCUUGUGCCUAACGAGUUUACUUACACUUCUCUCAUUGAUGCCAAGUGUAAAAUUGGUAAUCUAACGGAUGCUUUUAGGCUGGGUGAUGAGAUGUUGGAGGCGGGUGUGGAGUGGAAUGUGGUCACUUACACUGCACUGAUCGAUGGUCUUUGUGAUGCUGAGAGAAUGCAGGAAGCUGAAGAGCUUUUUAACAAAAUGGUUGCAGCUGGUGUGGUUCCGAAUCUUGCAAGCUACAACGCUCUGAUUCAUGGAUUUGUAAAGGUGAAAAACAUGGAGAGAGCGUUAGAGCUUCUGAACGAGUUAAAAAGGAGAGGGAUUAAGCCAGAUUUGCUCCUUUAUGGAACUUUCAUUUGGGGUUUAUGCGGUGUAGAGAAGAUUGAGGCUGCUAAGCUAGUGAUGAAGGAGAUGCAGGAGGAUGGUAUCAAAGUGAAUACGUUGAUCUACACAACGUUAAUGGACGCUUACUUUAAAUCUGGUAACCCCACAGAGGGUUUGCAUCUGCUAGAAGAGAUGUUAAAACUUGAUAUUGAUGUCACUGUUGUUACCUUUUGCGUUUUGAUUGAUGGAUUGUGCAAGAACAAGUUAGUUUCCAAGGCUAUUGAUUAUUUUGGGAGGAUGAGUGAAGAGUUUGGUCUACAAGCUAACGCAGCGGUGUACACAGCGAUGAUUGAUGGUCUCUGUAAAGAGAAUCAAGUUGAUGCCGCAACGAGUCUUUUCGAGCAAAUGGCUCAAGAAGGUCUAGUUCCAGACAGAACAGCAUACACGUCGUUAAUGGACGGGAACUUGAAGCAAGGGAAUGUGUUGGAGGCUUUGGCUUUACGAGACAAGAUGGAUGAGAUUGGUAUUAAGCUUGAUUUGCUUGCUUACACUUCAUUGGUCUGGGGGUUAUCUCAGUGCAAUCAGUUGCAGAAAGCGAGAUCCUUCCUUGAGGAAAUGAUUGGGGAAGGGAUUGUACCUGACGAGGUUUUGUGUGUUAGUGUCUUGAAGAAACACUAUGAGCUUGGAUGCGUAGAAGAAGCUGUAGAGUUGCAGGGUUAUUUGAUGAAGCACCAGCUUUUGACCAGUGAUAAGAAUAACGCACUUCCAGACAUGUGAGACUCAGGAAGAUGCAAUCUUUCUGCUCUUAUCAGACCGGUUCAGGUUUUCGGAUCCAAGCCUUGUCUCGUCUGGGAAAAUGAACGAAAAUGUUGAAUCUUCAGACUGAGCUUCUCCUGAGAAUCUAUCAGCUAAUCAUCCAAGGAGAAGCUGUAAGAGCUGAGACUUUGAGCUCUGCUCUGAAGUGUUGAGCUAUGCAAAAGAUGAGAGAAAAAGAGUGAAUAUGAUCAUGAAGUUGAUUUGCUUACAGAUAGGUUAAUGUCCUUGAAGGUUCUUCAUUGUUUAUCGUAUUUGUUGCUUUGAGGAACCAAUCAAAAGUCCUAAUUUUGUUGUGUACAUUUCUUUUUUUCUUCUUUUUACCCCAGAAUGUAAUUUCUUUUAGAAGUUUUUACUCUCUAAGACACUUUGUGUCUUUGGAUUUACUCUCAAAGACACAUUGCACA